UCUUAUUAUUAAUAUUCCCCCUUUCAUCUACCUCCCUUGAUAACAUCAGCAUCUACUACUACUAUGCUUACAAUUAUUUAUUCAUUGCAUUUUGGUCUGUUACACUAACAUGACAGGAGAGGAGACCCACAAACAUAUGUGGUGGGUCCCAUCCCACUGCUCCUCCACAAUAUAAUCAGAGCCCCCAAUUUUUGCAUUAAUUUCAUUUAUUAUUGUGUAAUUGAAAUAAAUAUUGUCACUAAAAUCCAAAAAUCAAAAUCACAAGGGAAAAUGAAAUGAAAGAAGGAAUAAAAAAGAAAGAAAAAUGGAAACAUUUUGCUCUGUGCUUUCCCUUCUCUCUCUUCUGCUUCUUCUUCCUCCUCCUCUCAUCUUCUGCUUCCCCUGAAACCUUCCCUCUCUCUCUUCUUUCAUCAUUGUUCUUACCAGUAGGGUUUUUUUUUCCUCCACCGUUUCAAAUCACAUCUCCCAAAUCCUUCUCGGCUGCGGGUGGAAAAUGGAGCUUCUACUCUUCUCCCCAUUUCCAUCACCUUCAGUGGUUUCUUUUUUCUAGUGGUUAUGUGGUCUUCUGUGGGUUUAUCAUCUUCUGAGCUCUGAGCUUCAUUUCAGCUGGUGAGUCCUUCUGGGAUUUCUGAUUGGUUAUCUGUAUGGGUUUUUGGUUGUUUCACUGUUCGAUCCGCAUUUUCUCUAUCUGUGAAAGUAUAGAGCUUGUUUAAGCGGUGGGGGAGCGGCUUAAGAUUUGGAUUGAGUUGUUCUUUGCUUUCCCCUUUUUGUUUUUGGCUUGUCCAUCAGCUCAUCGUAGAUCGUAAAUGCUUCGAGCUCUCCCAGCUCCAUUUUUGUACAUGAAAUGAGUCACCUUUUGAGUAUGUGUUAUUUUAAGCUUUUGAUGAAGCCAAGGCAGAAUAGUGGUUAAAUGUAAUGUUUUUUAAUCUUCAUUUCUCUGUAUUGACUGCAGGAAAAAAGUGGUUCCUGAAUUGAAUUGAAUUGUACUGUUGAAAUCUUGGUGAAAGCUUCAAGAUUUGGAUCUAGUAGUUCUGUUAGAUUCUUCCGAGAUCGUUGAAUAACUGUUCUGCUGAAGUGGUGCUAUCAACAAGUAGUUCUUCCGAACUUUGGUAAGAAAUGGGGUCGUAUUCAGGCACUUCUGAGAUCGUUGAAGCUCGAGAAGAUUUGGAUUCUGCACAACAUUCUAGCAAAGGAGCUUAUCCGUAUCGAUGUCACUCUGGCUUAAGUCUAGAUAGCAUGGAUCGGAGAAAGCCUCCAGCUUUGAAGUUGGGAGAUAAGGAUUCACUGGAGGAUGAAAUCAAUCAGCUGUUUGAGGCCAUCAGUCUAAAGAAUGCUUCCAAGGGUUUGGGAGUUUCAACUCAACCCAGCACGAGCUCGUCUAGCCCUCUGAAUCGGAAUGCAAUGAUGAAGAGGCCUAUGGUUAGCAGUGUGUCUAAUUCCCCACGUGUCAGCAGCUCGGAAGGUGUGUCCCUGAAGCAGGCAUUGAGGGACCUUUGUCUCUCCAAGGCAUCUGAAAUGGCUGCCAUGAAAAGGGUUUCGAAAUCGGCUACUCCUGCUGCCUCCCCUGGAGGAGCCUCGGAGGCUGGCAGGAUCAAGAACUUGUACAAUUCGGUGUUGGUCGAGAGCAAGAAGGCGGGUGAGGUUACUCGAGAUGUUGGUAAAGGGACAACAAUGGUUGAGAUAUCCCUUGUUCCAGAAGAGAGCAGCGGCAAGAAGAAGAUGCUGCACCUCGAGAUCCCUAAGAUGAGAUCUCUGAACCCGAGUGCUCAAUCGUCUCCACGGCUACAAGCAUUGAAGUCACCAGCUAAUCUAAGUGCCCAAUGUUCUCCUCGAUUCAUAGCACCACCGAUGAAGCCAGUUCAGAAUGAGAUUCAGAUGGAAUCUAAGAAAGGUGGAAGCCAAACCACAUUCUCAUCUCCUAGAAUGGCUGAUCAGAAGAAAGUACAAAUGGCUUCUGCGACUAGAAAAGUUGGCAGUCAAGCAUUGAAGUCGCCUUCCGAGAGUACUCAUUCUUCUCCUCGGUUGCCUCCUUCCAUAACAAAGGGUUCGAAUAAGAACAACUCCUCAAGUAAUGGUACUAUUACUUCUGGACCAAAAAGAUUGGGCGCUCAAGCAAUGAAAACCGAGAAGGUGCAAAUGGAGAAGAAGGUUAUGACACUUGCAGAUUCCAUAUCCUGUCCCGAUUCUCCUGACAACUCUCCAAAGGUAGCAGCAGUAAAUCCUCCUGCCUCAACCAAAUCGACAGUGAAAGUUUCUCCACCAAAAACAGGUCGCAAAGGCAGUACUAAGAGCACAAAACAUGUUAAAACAGUGAUAAGAAGCAAGAGCAGCACCAUUAAGAAGAAGAAAAAGCAGGGUGCAAAUUCUGCAUCCUCAGUUUCUAAUGAAGGCGAUGGCAAUUUGCUUCCAGUCCAAACUCCAAUGGUUUGCCAGAAAUGUCAAUGUGCACUAAGUAGUAAUGCAAAUGAAGAACCAGUUCAGCAAAACCCGGCUCCCAUCUCUGCCGAGAUAACCUCCUAUAAUAAGCAAAACCCAGUUGAGAAGAUGAAGAGUUCAAAACGAGAGAAAGGCGAAUUCUCUCAGAGCUCGAAAAGCAGUUUGGGAGAUUACAGCACUAGCACAAGCAACAGUGAGGAGAGCAAUGCCAGCAGGUUCAGCAGCUGCUGCAACAGGCCACACAUGUCGAAGGAUGUCCGGUGGCAAGCUGUUCGGCAUGUCAAGACAAGAGAUAGAGUGCUGACAUUGGCUCACUUCAAUCUGUUGAAGAAGCUCGGUUGUGGAGAUAUAGGGACGGUGUAUCUGGCCGAGCUCAUAGGUACGAACUGUCUUUUCGCAAUCAAGGUGAUGGAUAACGAGUUCCUGGCAAGGAGGAAGAAACUGCCAAGAGCACAGACAGAGAGAGAGAUACUGAGGAUGUUGGACCAUCCCUUUCUUCCCACGCUUUAUGCACAGUUCACUUCUGAUAAUUUAUCGUGCUUGGUGAUGGAAUUCUGCCCUGGUGGGGAUCUUCAUGUGCUUAGACAGAAGCAGCUUGGGAGGUGCUUCCCUGAGCCAGCAGCCAGGUUCUACGUUGCUGAAGUCCUCCUAGCUCUAGAGUACCUCCACAUGCUCGGAGUCGUCUACCGAGACUUGAAACCCGAAAACAUCCUCGUACGUGAAGACGGCCACAUCAUGCUCACAGACUUCGACCUCUCACUACGAUGCAACGUGAGCCCAACUCUCCUCCAAUCAUCAUCAUCAUCAACAGCUCUCACUGAUCCCCCGAGAAUCUCUGGCCCAUGCACAUCUUCCUCCUGCAUUGACCCAUUCUGUAUCGAGCCAUCCUGCCGUGUCGUGUCCUGCUUCUCUCCCCGACUCCUUCCCCCACGAAACGCCGCCAAAGCCAAAGUGAGAGCCGAGCUCCUCCUUCGAUCAACCCUCCCACAGCUUGUGGCAGAGCCCACUGAUGCUCGGUCAAACUCGUUCGUUGGAACCCAUGAGUACUUAGCACCGGAGAUCAUCAAGGGAGACGGCCAUGGUGCAGCAGUCGACUGGUGGACUUUCGGCGUGUUCCUAUACGAGCUUCUCUACGGGCGAACACCUUUCAAAGGCGCGGGCAACGAGGAAACAUUAGCAAAUGUAGUGUUGCAAGGGUUGAGGUUUCCUGACAGCCCACUGGUGAGCUUCCAUGCGAGGGAUCUCAUUCGAAGGCUGCUGGUGAAGGAGCCUGAGGGGAGACUAGGGACCGAGAAAGGUGCAGCGGAGAUCAAGCAGCAUCCUUUCUUCGAAGGAUUGAAUUGGGCGCUCAUACGCUGCGCUGUUCCCCCCGAGCUGCCUGAUAAUUGGUAUGAUCAUCACAGCAGUGGUGGUGGCGGCGGGUAUGAAGGUGGUGAUGGUGAUCAGUACUUGGAGUGUAAAGCCACAGGCGAACACCUCGAGUUCGAGCUGUUCUGAAAUGUUUUGCUAUGGUAAUAUUUUAUUUUGCACGAAUUAGUGUUACUGUUAAGGAAGUCGAGUAAAUGAACAUUUCUUGGAAAAAAAAAAAAAAAAGGAAGUCGAGUAAAUGGAGGGAAAUGGGAAGGGGUGAGAUUGUUCUCUGGAAGUGGAAAUCCAGAUUUUGCUAACUGCGAAAAAGCAGAGUUUUUAUAUAAAUCAGCAGCUUCGCUUUUGUGUAUAACUGGUUUGCUCUGUUCUAGUAGUCUUCUACCUCAAACUACAAUUUUACUGACGAUGGGAAAAUCACCAUGGAUAUCCUUUUUGGCUAAUGGCUUGUCAUAGAUUCCAUUCCUCAACUUCCAUUUGAGACCCACUAAGCCAUCCACGCUUGUGUUGAGUAGUGCUUGCCAUCAUUGCUCAACACCUUUUAUCAUCACCAUAAGUCCAUAACUUACCUACCACAUUUGCUCCAUAAUCCGAACAGAGGGAGGACUUGUCUUCUCACUAAACAAAAUCAUGGUUUGAGC